AUGGCAUUAACUCGCCCAAAAGGGCAGGCUGGUACCAACACAAAGUCAAAGAAGACUGUAACACCAGCGAUCACACAUAUAAAGCAAAACGGGCUUCAUUGUACAGGGUCAUCUACGUCAGUCGAAGAUGAGACUGCUGAUGAUACAGCAUCCAAGCUGGUCAAGAAAAAACACAAAAGAGGUGAUGGUGCCAUGGACAUUCUGACAAUCUUCAAGCUGGUCGACGACGAGGAUCCUUCACAAGGUUAUGUCUGCGAGCCUUGUGUCGAGCUUCGUGAAGCCAAUCCGAAAAAGCAUGGCAAACUGCAAACUAUCUUCAAAGGCAACAACACUGCUAUGCGCACUCACAUCCAACGUAUGGGCAUGUCUCACUACUGUCGAUACUAUGCACUUCAGCAAGAGCUCGAGCUUCUCCCGUACUGCAAAACUCGAUGGGGCUCAUGGAAUGGUGUUAUAGCCCAAAUGUUAUUACUCAAGAAAGCUGUUAAGAUAUUUAUCAACACCACAGAUGACUCAGAUGAUGUACCUAACGUUGACAAACACCAGCGGAAGUAUGCAAGUUAUCAUGUUUCGGAGACUGAAUGGGAUCUACUUGCUAUGAUCCGGAAGGUUUUAGCUGCAGCAGCUAAUGUACAAGAAGCCUUUUUGGCUGAAUACUAUCCAACAAUCUGGCGAAUUCUUCCUCUUUACGAAGACUUCAUUGCGCAGUGGCAAAUUUUCUCUGAAGACCCCGGGAUGGCUGUGCUUCGACAUGCAAUCCAGGCAGGUAUCGCGAACCUUGAAAAGUACUACAAUAAGACUGACAAUUCCCCUGCGCACAUUGUUUCUAUGUAUCUCAAUCCCUGUAUCAAGGAUGAGUAUUUCAAUGUCGCGUGGACCGAAGACGGCCAACAACAAGCCCUCGCUGUUAUGGAAAAAGUGUUUGAUAAGUACUGCCGAAAACAUGCCACGGAAAUUGCUACUUGCAAGGAUCCUAUACCAACACCAGAGCUCAGUAGCUCGAGCAACAGUUUCGGCAGUUUGAUGAGUAGGGUUACUGAAGGUCGGCGUGCCCGUGAAAAGCUCGUCACUAAGGAUUUCCGUGCAGGGCUCAAACUGUACAUCGAGGAGCCACUCAUCGUCAAUGAUGAACAGGCAUCUCCAGAGCGCCAGGCGGAGCAUAUCUUCAAGUGGUGGAAGGCCAAUGCUAUGUGA